AUGAUCAAGGAAAUAUUAAAUUUAAAGCUAAUCAAACCUCCUCCGAAGGCCGGAACCUACCAAGAUACGAAAAAUGUGGACAAGACAAAGCUUUAUGCUUUUAAUCAGAAACACGGGCACACUACUGAUGAGUGUGUUGUACCGAAAGACUUGCUCGAGCGCUUAGCUCGGCAAGGACAUAUGGACAAAUACAUCGAUAAGGACAAAGCACAUACAGCUCAGCCCAAUCAACCCCAAGGUGUGAUUAAUUGCAUAUCUGGGGGCUUCACCGAAGGUGGAGCAUCAAGUUCUGCUCACAAAUACACUUACCAAACUAUGCUCGCUGUAGGGAGCACCAUCAACAAUCAUCAAACUUUGCCCACCUUCCCUAAAAUGACGUUCCAACUGUCUGAUUUCAAUUCAACCGAACUUAAUUUAGACAACCCAGUUGUCAUCUUUAUUCAAAUGGGAGACCUAAUCGUUCAGAAAGUUUUGUUAGAUCCAGGAAGUAGUGCCGAUGUUCUAUUUUAUUCCACAUUUCAGAAAAUGAAGUUGAGUGAUAACAUACUGCAGUUAUCCACUAGAGACCUGGUAGGAUUUUUAGGUGAACGAGUACCUGUUUUGGGAUCAGUAUGGUUACAAACCACACUUGGUGAGAGUCCUCUAACCAAAACUUUAGAUGUUCAAUGCCUUGUAGUUGAUUGUUUUAGUCCUUAUAACUUUAUACUUGGCCGAUCUGUUUUGAAUAAGUUCUGUGCAAUUAUAUCUACAAUUCAUCUAUGUGUUAAGUUUGAUGUGUAG